AUGCGAAGCAGGAACUGUUUGGGCUGGGGUCCUUUUUCUGACGAUCUGCUCACAGCGGUGAUCAACCCGCCCUUUCCGGUCUGUGGACAAUGGGGCUUCGACAGCCAGUGGCAGUGCGCCGGCCGGCGGUCGCGGUCUGGGGGAGUGGGAGGGAACGCCACUUCUGCGCGCUUCGACUGGAUCCUGCUGCAGGAGGUGCCUUUCGUGGAUGUGGCAUCGAACUUCUCGCGCGUCCAGGAAGUCAUUGGACAAGUGGGUGGUGGCGAAUAUUUGACCCUCUCACAGCAGCUGAUUGGAUCCUAUGAUCCUCGCAUGCUCUUGGGCUACGAGCUGUUCGUGGAUGAUGGCCUAGGCGGGCCCUUCCAACUGGCCUUCGAUGGAAAAUCGAGUCGUUGGACCAACACGGCGACGAUCACCUUAACGCCGAACCGCGACUACCGCGCCUUCGUGCGGGCCGUGAGCCUGGCCGGGAACGGCCCCUGGGCGGCCAAAAGCGAUGCCGGGCCAAUGGAGCUGAAAGGGAUUGCCAGGUCAAUGCGAUGCAAGCAAGACUUUUGGGAUCCUCAUCACACUUUUCUAUUGAUCGAAGGCGAUGCGAGCAACAUGCUGUAUUUCAAGAUGGCCAUGCCCCUCCCACCCCCAGAGAUCCUAUCGGUCACCGCUGUUUCCCUGAAGUCGGCCAUGCUCCGCUGGCAGAUCGGCGCCGCAACGGCCGACGAGCUGGCGACGCUCCGGGUACCACCUCCCUCGGCACCUCCACGUGCCCGGCUCAGGUUCGACGUGCCGAACUCGCCCGCGGACAACACGGAGUACAGUUUGCUGAUCACACAGCUGGAGCCGGACUUCAAGUAUGCCACCAGGAUACUGAGCGCCAGUGUGAAUGGUCAGGGCCUCCCAUCAGAGCCCUUCUACUUCUGGGCUGGCCUGCUACCCACGGAGGGCGCUCGCUUGGUCCAGCGCGUGGAAUCUGCCGAGGGGCUCAUCACCAUCCAAUGGCAGUUCCCAUCCGGCGACAUGCUGGGGACUGGGACGAGGAUGGAGGCAGUGACCACGGAUUGGGGCGUUAAAGGAUAUAUGUGGGAUCCGAAGGAGCAGCCCAGCUUGGUCUAUGAUGGUUAUGGGAACCCUACGCAGUUGGAGUUCACCGUAGCGAACGCCACCUGCGGCAACGACUACUUGGUGGCAUUGUCCUUGGUGACCAUGAUCGGCGAAGGCCCCAUGUCUACACCCUUGGCCGUCACCAACGCCAGGUUGCCCGGUGUUCCUCGCAGCGUGGUGGUGACGAACACCACGACCAGCAGCAUCUCCUUGGCCUGGGAAGAGCCCGAAGACACAGGUUGCGUGCCCAUUCACCAGUAUCGAAUUCUGCGGUACUACGGCGAUCAAGGCUUCCAGAUCGUGGGCUACGCGGACGCCGCCAGCGCAGUCUUGCAGAUUCCAGCGGGGCGGCAGUACGUUGACGACGGGGGUUGCUUCAUCGCGCCUCCUUUGGUGGAUGAUGGAUCCUGUAAUUGCCCACCUUCCUGCUUGAGUGCAGGCAACCUCUACCGCUAUCAGGUCCAAGCCUGUGUCUUGGGUGCCUACGGAGAUGAGACUUUGGAGUUGACGGAGGGCCCCUUGGGUUGCGGCCCCAACAGUGGCACCGUCUCGGCGUAUGCGGCCGACGUGCCUGGCCCGGUGCGAGACAUUCGUCUCGGAGAGCCUGAAGGGACGGAGGUGCUUCUGUAUUGGACGGCCCCAGCCGACGAUGGCAUGAACGGUUCCAGCUACACCUACGAAGUGGAGAUGGACGUGGGUGGCGUCUUCGUGUCCUUGGGGAACACCAGUGCGACCAGCUUCCGUGUCACACAGCUCCAACUUCAGUUUGCUUAUGUCUUCAGGAUCAGCUCCCAGAACGCUGCGGGCUACGUUACACGCUCAAACAUCUUCAGCUAUACUGCCACCACGCCGCCCGAUGCGCCUGACCCACCAAGCCCCAUCCCGCGCGCGGAAUGGGUGAGCAGUGCCUUCUUCGAGCAUCCGUCCAUCUCUUCGACCCCUGUUCCCGAAGGUGUCACUGUCCGCUUCUCCCCCACCGCGGUGCAGGGAUACGCCUGGGCAGUGGUCCUGAGCGAGGCCAAUGCCUCCAAUGCCACUGCAGCGUCCAUCAAGGCUGGCACGAACGCGGUGGGCGGGGCGCUCUGCUCUCGCCAGCAGGAGGCGGUCACCCGUGCCCAGCUCUACUUGUGGCGCCUGGGCAGUGACGACGAUCCCAGCGACCCCACGGGCUGCUUCUUGUCCCACGGGGAGCGCUACGCCAUCGUGGUCUAUGUGCAGAGCGUGGCCAGCUUCGACGCCGGCUUAGCGGAUGGUACCCUCUCGGGGGGCGUCCACUUCACUGUCAUCACUGGCCUCUCGAACACCUUCCACAGCUCGCCCCAUCUCAAUAGUCCAUUGACGGAAUCGGGUGUGACCUUGGCCUUUACGCCGCAGCGGAACGGCUGGGGAUGGGCCAUGAUCCUACCAGAGCAGACCGCGCGGACGGCCAACAAGGAGACGGUCUACAACUUGACGGGCGCCUUGGGAGGACCUUUCUGCAAGCACGGCCCACGUCAGCUCUUCGCCUUGCGAGAAGAGGCCUGGGUCUUUUCGGGCUGCCUGCUGACGGUGGGAAACCGCUACACGGUGUUGGCCUACAUUAGUGGCAUUGGCGCUCACCUGGAUGGGCUCGUCGAGACGGCUUCAGCCGUGGCAUCCCAAGCAUCCAACGCCUUCUCGACGUAUCCGACGAUCUCUGGAGCACCCUCGGGUGAUGGCAUCACCGUGCAGCUCCGGGCGAGGUCCGAUGGCUAUUUGUGGCUCAUGAUCACCGUGGGCCCAGUGGCCCUGACCAUCGACCUCAUCAAGGCGGGCAACGGUGCAGUAGGGAGCAGCAGCUGCCAGUUGUUGCAGCAGUAUGUGGACACCUCGUUGCAAUCCUUCCGUCUCUCCGGCUGUAAGUUGAACAGUGGACCGGAGUAUGCGCUCCACGCCUACAUUGAGGGCGUCGACACGGUGGAGAACGAUGGGAGCUUCGCGGGCACCGUGACGUUUCAAGUGACGCCCUCGAACAUCUUCGUGGUCUAUCCCUCGAUUGUCUCAGAGAUCACUGGCCUCGGCUUCAGCUUCCAGAUGACAACCUCCUUCAGCGGGCAAUUCUGGUGUAUGCUCAAUGAGGGCAAUGCCUUGCAGACAGUGGAGGCGUUGAAGCUGGGUACCGGUGCCUUGGGCUUGGCUGAUUGCCAGCGUUCCGCGGAGACCCUUACCGGCAGCUUGCAGGAGAUUCUGAUGACGAAUUGUCAGCUCAGCCAGGAUCGAUUGUACAGCCUCUUCGUUUACAUCGAGGAUUUCAACGGAAACAACGAUGGCAUUUUGGCAGGGCCAUUGACUUUUUACGUGCAAGACAGCAACGACUUCGAGGAUUCGCCACAGGUCGUGGCGCCUCCAGAGCCCGAGACCUUCCAGUUGAGCCUGGUCGCCGCGCGCGAGGGCUUCGCCUGGGGCGCGACCUUUACGGACUAUGCGGAGGCUCUGCAGUACUACCAGGAUGCGCCAAGCUUUCUCGACAGGUUCUAUCCCUUCAGCAACGAGUCCUGCGCUCCAGCGCAAAUCCCUGUGCUGGCGGAGAAUUUCACGAACAUCACCUUCACUGGAUGCGGCUUCAACUACAGCACCAGCUACUGGGCCCUGAUCUACAUCGAAGGUCUACAGAAGACUCGCUCGGGUGCCAUGUCAGCACCUGUGGAGGUUCCUGUACCUGCCUCCAACACCUUUGUCGUGGAGCCUAUGGCCCUGGCGUCACGGCCCUACUACGCGGAGUUCGAGAUGUCCACGGUGAAGCCAGGCUUCCUUUGGAUCAUCGUUGUGCACGCGAACCACACUGCAGAGGUGGACGAAGUGGCAGUGAAGACUGGCAGCUUGCUGAGUGGGAACACUGUGAACUGCAAGCUCUUGGAUGUCGAGGUGAAUGAGACGGUGCAAAGCUACCGAGUGGAGAAUUGCCUUUUGAUAGCGACCUAUGAGUACUACGCCUUCUUCUAUGCUGAAGGUCCUUUCCGCGCGGAGGAGCCAGAUGGAGUGAUGUCAGGCCCUUUGCUGGUCUGGUACAACUCCUCGAACACCUUCAUACAGGAGCCGCGGAUUCGGGGGACGAUGACCACGAACGUCUUCUACUUCAGCUUCGUUCCAGAGAAGGACGGCAACUUCUGGGCCGUGGUGGGGGAUUCCGCUACUGAAGGUGGGAAGGGCGGAGAUCAUCUGGCUGCAGAGCAGUACGGGCAGCCUGCGGCCGACUGUAAGCGCCAACGGAAGUACGUCACUGGAGGCUUGGUCAACGAUGAGGAGUUCCUCUUUUGCUACUUCGAGCGAGGUCCACAGACCUACAGGUUAUAUGUCUAUCUGGAGGACACCAACGACGCGGAUGAUGGGAUCAUGUCCUCCGUCGGCAUCAUCGUGCCAGGUUCCGCGGAGGUCACGAACGAGUUCUCCUUCCGGCCUUACCUUCUGGAGCCGGUGACCAUCCGCGGCUGCAAGUUCACCUUCCGUCCAGCCAAGUGCUUCGGUGGAAAGGUCUUUCGGAGUGAAGAGCAUGAAGAGCUGAGUAUGGACUGGUUACGCCUGGGCGGGGCUCAUGGCGGAAGCCUCCUGGAGCUACCGGACACCCGAGUUUGUGACGACACCCUGCGAACUCCAGAGGUGAACAACUCCAAUGGCAACCACGCGGAUGUGCAGAGCAUCGAGAUUUAUGACAUCAUGUUCUUCGUUGACAUGGUGGGCUCUGAAGCUCUUUGCUACCAGCAGGCCAUCCCCAUCACCGCGGGCCAAGAUGAAACGUGGGAGUUCCUGAACUGCGGCCUGGUCCCUGGGACGCGCUACCGGCUCUUCGUCUACGUCAUUGGGGAGGACUACUGGGAUGUGGCCGCGGAUCCCGACGCCUUGACGCGAUCUCCUUUCUGGAACCAGUACCACAGGGACAACGGCCGCGUGAGCAAUGGCGUGUUGGUGGCGCCGCAGUACUCCAACGAAUGGGCCUGGCCUGAUGGCCAUCCUUACAUCUCCCAGGGCCCACAUGGCAUGGGCAUGGAUGUGACCUUCUCCACGGCAAAGCCGCAAGGCCUGGUGUGGGCCGUGGUCCAGGAUGCCGCAGAUACGAACUUCACGAUCUCGGCGAUCAAGUCGGCCGACAAGGCCUGGGGUCCCUUCCCCUGCCGACAGAUGGGCGCUCCAGCAAUAUAUGCGGCCACUUACACCUUGACCUUGUCCAGUUGCAGCUUGCUUCCCACACCCAAGUUGUACGUGUUGAUCCUCUACACCGAGGACCAAGCGGUUCAGAACGACGGGAAGUGGUCGGAUCCGAUCUAUUUCGAGGUUCCGGUGUCCAACGGCUUCGUGAUCCCGCCCACGGUGGUGGGCGACCCCGGGCGGGACACCGGGAUCAGCCUUUCCUUCGAGGCAAAGGUCUCGGGCAAAGUGUGGAUCUACGUGGCCACCAAGGCGUCCGCGGAUGCCACCACGGUGACCAUCCCCAACGUCAAAGAUGCGGUAAACGUCUUUGACCGGACCAAUUGUCUGGUGAAUGGCCUGUCUGUGCCGGCGUCCCUGCAGGUGAUCUCGAUGCCCAACUGUCCCUUGGUCUACUUGAGCUCUUACGUGGUCUACAUCUACAUCGAGGAUCACAAAGCGCAUUUCGAUGGGACCUUGUCCACGCCUCUCAACGUCACGGUGGGAGCAUCCAAUGGCUUCACCGUGGAGCCAGCCUUACUUUCAGUGCCCACCACCGAUCAGAUUGACUUCCGCUUCACCCCCAAGAAGAGGGGCCGUGCCUGGGUGGUGGUCACACCCUCGGCGUCCUUGGUGGAGCCUCCUUCCAGGCCGCGGAUGGUGGCGAACGUGGGCGCCGUGGGGCAGAUCACGUGUCGCGUGAGUGGGGCGACCAUCGAGGCCACACAGCAGAGCUACUCUUUGACCGGAUGCCAGCUGGAUCCAGGCCAAAUCUACGCGCUCUACGUGUACGUCGAGGACCACCGGUACAACACGGAUGGGACCUUGUCGCGCACGGUCUUUGUCAAGGUGAUCCGAUCCAACAACUUUGCCGUCUCGCCGGUGCUGGUGACGUUGCCCACCCUGGACGGGGCGACGGUCCGCUUCCAGGCCACCGACGCCGGCCGAGCCUGGGGGAUGGCCGUCGACGCCAUUGGCGGCUCAGGUGUCACUUCCUUGUCAAUCAGAAGCUUGCAAGGGGCCUUGGGUGGUCCAGAGUGCUAUUUCCAAGAUGAGCCGAUUGAUGCCAGUCUUCAGCUGUGGAACUUCACGAAUUGCCAGUUCGAGGAUAGCAAGACCUACAUGCUGUUCAUCUACAUCGAAGCCUGGCCGUCGGUGGAGGGCGAUGGGAUGCUCUCAGGUCCCAUGAUCGCCUCCUUCUUUGAUAGUUCCAACGUCUCGGUCACCGAGAGCUCGGACCAGAGCCCGGUGCUCAUCGUGGAGAACAUCCCCACCGUCUCGAACUGGUUCCGCGAGGAUCCUCGGCAGACGGGCCCUGCCUCGCCCAACGGUGCCACCUUGAUGUUGCGGGGCGCUGGUGAUGGGCUGCUCUAUAUGUUGCUCACACGCUAUCGGCCCCAGGUGAGUGGCGAGACGGUGCGGAACGGCUGGAAUGCUGUGGGAGGCCCCAACUGCCAACAGCAAGGAGUCCCCAUCACUGCCCAGGCGGUCACCGUGCAGCUUUCGGACUGUGGGCUCCUGCGAGGUCGCUACUACUACGCCUUUGCGUACGUGACCGGCCCUGAGGGCGGCCUCAAUGGAACCUUGAGCCCCGGUGUGGAGAUCUUCGUGCCCACAGCCUCCAACGGUUUCUCCUUGGAACCGCGGCUCUUAGCGACACCGCGCAUGGCGGAAGUGAGCUUCGAAUUUGCCGCCACGCAGGAGUUCGGCUUGGCCUGGGUGAUGAUGGUGGAGGCCUGGCAAGCGCAUGAACUUUCGGUGGAGCAGGUGAAGAGCUUCACCAAUGCUGUGGGCUUCAGCAACUGCCGCCAGAGCUCGCUCUCCAUCGGCACCUCUACAGUCCAGGUGGUCCUCUCCGAGAGCGCCCCCAACGCGGGGGACGGUUGCGGCUUGGUCUCCGACGGGAUGUACGUGGCGGUGGUGCCUCGGCAUGGCAUGGCGGUCUACGUGGAAGAUUUGAACGGCCGCUUUGAGCAGUGGUCCGGGGAUGGUCUCAACGAUGGGACCUUGGCUCAGCUCUUGGUCCAUGUGAGCCCUGAGAAGGCUUUGUCAAACAUCUUGGGUGCAGGGCCUAUGAUGGCACAGAACCCUUCAAGCAGUGAUGUUCGGCUGAAGUUUGUGGCAGUGGUGCCGGGGAGGUACUGGGCCUUCAUUUUGCCUUCAGACAGGAUCAAUGUCUUCACCGUGGAGACGGCGAAGUUCAUGGACCUGAACCCGGACACCGUGGGGCAAGCGACCUGCCGAAAGAACGAGGUCGUGAUGGGCGUGGGUGAGACCAUCGUAGAGCUAACAGGAUGCGAUUUGGUGCUGAGUGGCGCUGGAAUUACCUUUUACUCCGCCUUCGUGUAUGUGGAGGACGACACUGGGACCACAGGAGAGCUCUCACCACCGAUCAAUGUCUUAAACAUCAGCAACAGCUUUCUGUGGCCCUAUCCCACCAUCGCCGCCUUCGACACCAAUGGCUCCCUCUCAGUGGAGCUCUAUCCGCGGAACUCGGGCCGCCUGUGGGCGCGGAUUGUCACUUGGCGAAAGGAUUGGGCGGCACCAUCAAACCUGCCACCGGACCUGUCCUACGAGAACGCCAACUGCAGCUUCGAUGCCUUGGACUUCACGGUGGAGCUGAACCCGUUUGGCGGCCAGGCCAAAACGUGGUUGAACUUCAGCAACUGCACCUUCGAUCCCCGCACCGAGUACAUGAUAGGGAUCUACAUCGAGGAUUUCAACGACAACAGUGAUGGAGAGAUCAGCAGUGUGCGGGUACUGAAGCUGGCUGAUGCUAGCAACUACUUCAUCAUUUCACCCAGACUCCUGGGCACCGCCUAUGCUGAUAACUUCACCAUGGAGUUUCGGACAGCCUACGCAGGUCUUGCCUGGUGCGCAAUCGUUUUGCCUGAGAUGGUCCAAGAAGUACCUGGAGCUUCAGUGAUGAGUGGCACCGUCAGUCUAGGUGGGCCUUCCUGCUGUCGUAGCUCGAUGCCCAUCACUACAAUGCAGAACGAGCUACAAACCUGGAGUUUGACACACUGUGGGCUAUCGAUGGACACGGAGUAUGUCUUCCUGAUGUAUAUUAGCCUUGGUGGGCUGGACGGUACCCUCAACUCUGGAUAUCGCUUCAAGACCUUUGGCACUUUGGGCCAUAUCCGAGUAACCUGGCUUCAAAAAGAGACGGAUGUGGGAGGCCCCGUGGACCGCUACCGGCUCUUCCUCAACGGCACGAAGAUCUAUGACGACUACAGCCUUCGCGGCAGCCUGGAAACCAAUCGUGCAGGAUCCCCACCACAGUGGGUGCGGGUGGUGGAUGUCGCCUGCACGCCAGGCAUCAACUACGAGAUCACCUUGAGUGGGCGGAACUUCGCCGGCUGGUCGUCCCAAAGCGCCCCACUGGUUACUGGCUGCUUCCUGCGUCCCGGGAGCAUCUCAAAUCUUCGGGAGGUCCAAUCCUGGCAGCUCAGUGAGGACCGCGCCGCUUUGGCCCUUGCCUGGGACGCUCCACUGGACUCGGCGGGCGCCGACACGGCUUACUACAACGUCUACCGCGACCAGGGUCUUCGGCAGGCGCUCUUCCAGCUGAUCGGCACCACGCAGACGCCCUUCUUCAACGACACUGGCUUGGAUGCUGGCAGGGCAUACGGCUACCAGGUCACUGCGGUGAAUGCCUUUGGUGAAGGAGCUGUGAGUGACGUGCUCUUUGUGCAAGCGGCGGACACUCCAGUGGAUGCCUCUCAAAGGGACUUGUCAGGCUUGCUGAGCCAAGCCAACGUCCAGCUCACACCGGCCGCCACCUUCGGAGUACUUGAUGAGGUGGGUGGAGUGGUGCAAAUCUACAGCGACAUGGCACGUGAGCUCCGUGUUGAGGGCUACACCGGUCAACGCCAGGCGCAUGUGGCUGCCUUUGGCCCCGUGCGCUUAGCGUUGGAGGCACUGGACCUGGCAGGGAACACUGGAGAGGAGGAUCCCUGUGAGGAAUCCAAACUGGCGAUCGCCGUGGGUGACCUCCAUCACGAGUUUUGCGCUGGCGACCUCGCUGAAGCGAACUCCGUCGUCCAUGCGCUUUCGCAUGGGGACUUUGCCCUCAUCAGCUGGCAGACUGGCUGGAUUAGCUCAUCCAGUGACACCUCAUCCAGCGGCUGGAGGAUUAGCUUGACGCCGUGGCGCUAA